AUGGCACCCACCGUGGAAAUUUCCAUCCCAAAUGCUUCUACGCGUAGCGAGCCCAAACUACAUACAAUCUACAACAUCACGCUUCGCCUGCCACUUCGAUCCUACAAUGUCCAGAAGCGCUACUCCGACUUCGUCGACCUGCAUUCCUCCCUCGCCUCGGUCACCGGCCAGUCUCCGCCAGCCACCCUGCCUGCCAAAUCCUGGUUCUCGAGAACCGUAAACAAUCCGGAGCUCACCGAACAGCGGCGGCAAGGUCUAGAAACAUAUUUACAGACGAUCAACACCACACCUGACACGCGCUGGCGCAACACCUCUGUCUGGCGUGCUUUUCUCAACCUCCCUUCAUCCUUCGCCUCGGCCAACAGCUCCAAGGCCGACACCCUACACUCAUUCGUCGCCGGACCUACGUCAGGUAAUGCCCCCAUAACCGACCCCGUCCUGUGGCUCGACUGCCAUCGCGACCUCAAAACGCAUCUGCACGACGCACGUCUCCACCUCACAACUCGAGAUCAAGCGUCCACGCCACAGAAACAGCAUGAAGCGGGCGCGGCGGCUAAAUCCAGUCUUGUCAAAGCAGGCAGCAUGAUAGGGGUCUUGGAUGAAGGGUUGACAGGGAUCCAGAAAAGCAGUCAGAAACUAGGCGAGGGGGAACUACGGCGGCGGAAAGACCUGAUGGCCUCGGCCAGGAAAGAUAAGGACAGCCUGGAGAGCCUGCUCAGCGCCAUGACGCAGAAGUCCAAACUCGACUCGGCCGUAGCCGCCAUCCCGGACAAGGCAAACCUGCUGUCCAGCACCGCCGCCAGCACCACCGGCUCGUCCGGCGGGGGCAACAAGCCGAAGUCCGGCGGCCGCGUCCUGGGCAAGGAGACGGCCGAGACCCGCGAACUGGACAACCAGGGCGUGCUGCAGCUGCAGAAGCAGCGGAUGGCCGAGCAGGAUCUGGACGUGGAGGAGCUGAGGAAGAUCGUGCAGCGCCAGAGGGAGCUGGGCACGCAGAUUCACGACGAGUUGGAGGUGCAGAACGACCUGCUGCGCAUGGUGGACGAGGAUGUCGAUCGCGUCAAGGGCAAGAUUGAUGUUGCGAAGAAGAGGGUCGGCAAGAUCAGCUAG